CAACCCCAAUAGAAGCUGUCCGACAAUACAUCCCAGACUUCAACCACAAACUCUGGCUCCGACACGGUAUUCUCACACUAUCGCAAGUAUUACAGGGCGACAGCCUCAAACCAUUCCCCGACAUCUGCCAAGAAUUUAGAUUGCCUGCGAUUGCAAACUUCUCCUACAAUCAACUACAAUCUUGGAUAAACCUUCACAAACCGCGACGACCCAUGAGUCCACCGGACCCUCACUGGCUUAAAAUAACAGAGAUAUGCACGAAGACGAAACCGGCAACAAAACUCAUCUCAUUAAUCUAUACCUCAGAAAGCAUAGACGCUCAAGCAAAGCCCACAUCGUUCCAAGUAACAUGGGAACGAGACUUAGGAUACAAACUCACGGACGAGAAAUGGCUAGAUAUCUUUCAAGCAAACAAAAAACUGACCCUCUGCACAACGCACACCAACCGACACCAACGGAAAUAG